UGUCACCAUUGGCAAUGGCAAAGCAGAAUCGAUCUGUCGGGAUUUGGCUUUGUCAUUAUAUGGGGCAAUGAUCGAUCAAAAGUCAGUUUCAUGCCAUUUUGCUUUUAUAACAGCUUUGAAAAUAUAUUAAUCUAUUUGUAUUUCAGUAUUAUUCAUACAUUCAUAUAUGAUUGUCAAUAUUGCCAUGAUUACCAUUGUUUUCAUGUUUGUGUUCCAGACCUACAUGGGACAAAAGUCUACAUGAUCAGCUGGAAACUCUAACACAAUGGCUACAGACUACGAAACAUUUGCCUACGUGGGAAAGACAAAGAAGAAGAAGAAAAAGAAAGAUGAGAGUCUGGAAGAAAAGAAGGAAGAGGAGGAGGCCGAGGAGGAUGACGAGCUGGCAGCGGAACGAAAGAGGAGGGAGGAGUCGUUGAAAAGAAUAGACAUGAUGAACGAACUCAAGAAGCAAAAGAAAUUAGAGAAGAAACGACAGAAGGAAGAAGCAGCGAGACGGAGGGAGGAGGAGGCAAAGAAAAGGGAGGAGGAGGAGGAGGCCAGGAAGCGAGAGGAAGAAGAAAAGCAAAAGGAGAAAGAAAGAAAGGAAAGAGAAGCCGCGGAGAAGGCGGAGUUAGAAAGGCAGAAACUGGAGGCUGAAGCGAAAAGGGUUGAGGAAGAAAGGUUAAAAUCUCAACCAGGAAGUCAAAAUGAUUCCAGAGGAAGAGGGAGAGGUGGAGUUAGAGGAAGAGGCCGUGGGAGGGGAAGAGGUAGAGGGAGAGGAAGGCCUCCUCCACCGGCUAGGAAACAGCCAACGCAAGGAGGUAGAGGCAAUCGAAAGGUUGGAGUCGUUGCUAAGCAACCAGCAAUGGAGGCAAUCCAAGAGGAGCUGGAGAGUGCGAGGAAUUCUCGUCAAGCUUGGAGCAGAGUGUCUGACAAGAAAUCAAUAUCGAACGAUCAGAAAGGGGAAAAGGAGAACGAUGUGACUAAAGGCGAGUUGGUAAAGCCAGCCGAUCCAUCCGAUGAAAAGGUCGGAGAUAAAGAUCGCAAAUCGGCCACACCGGACAGAAAGUCUCCCUCUUCUCUGAAGAGCACGAAAUUUACCAAGGUUGGUGGGUUCAUGUCGAGAGUGUUUAAAGGAAAGAAUAAAAGCAAAGAUGAUCCAAAACCUAACAGCCCUGCAGAAGAUGCGUCCAAUAAGCAGGCCGAAGAUGAUAAAAGUGAAGUAAAAAGAGAAUCGCCAUCAAAUGAUGUUACUAAGGGCGUAGAGAACGACGCAAAAACCAAUGAAAAGGAGCCCGAGGGAGAGAGGAGCGAUUCAACGAAAGAUUUGAAUGCAGAAAAGACGGAUGAAGCGAAGAGUGGUGAAGUUAAAGAAAGUGUUCAAAGUCCAAAUGAUGAAACAUCCAAAGGGGAAAAUACGGAAAUCAAUGUGCAGGAGAAAGGCACCGAAGAAACAAGUCCAAACAAAGUAGAGUCGGAUGAAAAUAAGGAGACAAGUUCAAAUGAAAAAGAAGAAGAUGAAAAGCAAACAUUAGACAAAACCCCUUUGCCUCAGGACACCACUGACGAUAAGCAGGUGACAAAGAUAACGAAGACAAUGGAAAUAGGUGUCCAAACUGAGAAAGAGACAGCAACUGAAGAAGAGAAUGAGCAGUCAGAGGCAGCUAAGGAUGAAAACACAGAUGAGAUCGAAACACAAGAAACGCCACCAGAAGUACAGUCUUAUGCGACACAUUCUUCAUUAGCUCGGCCAAGCCCUGAAGAUAACGCAGACGAGAGUAACGUUCGCUUGAUUUACAGCAAAGAGCCUGGUGAUGAUCCAGAUGACAUUGAGAGACCGGCUAAUCCAGAGCCAGGAGGUAAAAAGAUACCCAAACUUGAUCCAAGACCAGGAAAUCCUUUACCACCUACCAAGGAUCCUGAACUACCUGAACUCGGCAUUGACGACGAAUUCCACGUGGCAACGAGUAAACGCCGUAUUGGUCCGGACUACCUGGAACUCCAGCUACUUGCAAAUAGAGACAUAAUCCUUGAGGCAAGGAAGAUUAGAAAACUACGGAAAUCGGGUACGACUGCUUUGUUAGAGAUGGUAUAUGAAGGUACGAAGGAAAAACCGGUAGAUUUGUUCAAGCAGCCAAAGCGCCAUGCAGACUUUGACAGGCUGCUGAAAUUUUUAAAGAAAGAGAAUGCAAAGAAUGGUGAUCAAGAACAGGAUGCUGCAUCGGAAAGUGGUGAUGCUAGGUCAGAAGAUGGUCACGUGACCCCUGAUUCGGAAGACGGGACAAAGAGAGAAGGUAGUGCAUCAUUAGAAGCAGGACAAGACCUUCCAAGAGCUUCAAAAUCCCCUACGGUCCAUUCCAAAGUGAGUGACCCAGGUGAAGGCGAGAAAGGAUAUGACAGUCGGAUUGCUUUAGAAUACGAAACAUAUUACGCCUCUCCGAGGGAUUCAUUUAGACCAGCCAAUCCUGGACCUAGUGAAGACGAUAAAGACAUUGAUGGAUCUGGCCCUAAUAGUGAUGAAAUAAGUGCAACUCUUGGAGUGGUGGAAGAGGAUUCGGCCGGGGACAUAACGCACCCUCUUCCAUUACUACUUAGUGAAACUGAACAACUCAAUGAGGUAAGAGAAGAAGAGCGACUGGACAAUCAUGAAGAAGGGAUUACCGAGCAAAGACAAACUAUAUCAUCAAAGAGCAGGAAUGCAAUAUCCCAAGAGUUCACAUCCAAUAUAAAUCAACAAGAUUUAUCUUCAAAUGAAGCAGACAACACCAAGACAGAAUAUGUCUCCACUGUUAAUCAUGAUAAAUCUGACAGUCGAUCCUUGCCACCUGAAUCAGACGUUAAUCCUGUCAACGACUUACCGUCAGGUACAGGGAACACAGAUUUACCAGUGACAGAUGGAUCAAAGGCAGCUUCUCGAAACGGCAGCAUGCUCGGAGGCCACGCAACACCACUAUCACCUUCAAGGAAAGAGCGUACAUCUACAGCUAUGACACAGACAAAUGCUGGAGAGAUGAUAGAUGUAAAGUUAGGGGAGACUAAAGUCGGAUCAACAAGUCGGUUGUCUCACCGGUUGUCUGCUAAAUCAAACCGAGGAUCGCCUACAGGUCGGAUAUCCAACCAAACUCAUAAAAGCGGGUCACCAAAUAGGUUGAUUCCUACACCCAACAAAGGAGGACGUUCUUCCGCUGCUUCCCAGAAGAGUCACAAGUUGGGGAGGCUGUCGGUAGCAUCCACAAGUAGCAGAAAAUCAGGGCGACUUUCUAAAACAUCAAACAAAAGAGAACCGAACUUCCAAAACAACUCUCCACAACCAGUUAAUGUUCCGAACGAAGAAAAUGCAUCGGAUUCAAAUACUACUGAUAUACAAGACUCGAAUAACCAUGUCCCGACUGCCGAUAAAGAUGGCAGAGUCGAUCCGAUGGCGCCAGUUAAUGGCCAUGAACAAGCAUCUGCUGAUAAACCAACGACUUCUAAUUCCCGAAACGGUGUUCCAUCUCAAUCUGAGUCGGUGACUGAUCAAAAUUCAAAGAGUCAAGAUGAUUCAAAAUCAAAGCCCAAAAAGAAAUUCAAACACUGGUUAUUUUGA